UUCAUUAAUCUAUGGUCAAGAAAAAAAAUAGAAAUGUAUGAUUGAAAUUUUAGGGUAAUUCAUUGGAUUCAUUUAAAAAAAAUGGUGUUUCUUGUGUUAUGGACAUUUAUUCUAUUGUUCUUUAACUUCACACUGAAAACAAAUGGAGCUACUCACUGGGUAGUUACAGAAAAUGGAAAAAUAGAAGCGAAUUUUGAAUCACCUUUCAACAUCCGCAGACCUUACGAUUUACUUGCAUUACUUGAACAAGAAGAAAGAUUGAAAGAAAUUAAUGCUUUAUAUUCAGAACUUAUGAAUAGUAAGGAAACUAUUGAUCAUAAAUUAUUCAAACUAAAGGAUAUUUCAAAUAUUGGAAAUAAACUAGAUGACUAUGAUUGCCUAACCAAAGGCAAAGCUCUAAGUAACGUUGACUUCUACUCUAGUAGAUCUAUGGAUGGCAACAUUUUGAAAGAAAUACAAAUAUACCUUAAAGAAGAAUAUGAUAUUAAUGCUCACAAAGAACCUGAUUGUGAAAGCUAUAGUGCCCUAGAACUUGGGAAGACAUCAUUCGAUCAUUUGGAAAGUGUCAAAAAUUAUGAAAACAUAAGCCUUAUUCCUGACACCACUUUAGAAAAAUCUCUGGGAGUUUCUUCUAUAAAACAUUUUGGUCAUGAAGUUUCUAAGGCAUUAGAGGAGAAUUCAACAUCUUGGAUACAUUAUAAUUUAGCAUCUUUAUAUUGGAGAAUCAAAAAUGUUGGCUCUAAAGCUAUACAGUGCAGCAGGAGGGCUAUCUAUUAUGCAUCAGACCAUUACCGUGAUAUUCCUCUUCAUAUGUUGGCUGGAGUUUUGCACCAAGCACGUGAUUCAGAAGAUUCGGCAGAAUUAUUACUUGCUGCCAUUAAUUUAGCACCAGAUCAGCCUAUACACCUUUUAGCUUUGGGUAAUGUGUAUGCAUCCCUAGCUGAAUACAAUAAGUCCAUCGUUUAUUAUGAUAAAUACUUAAAAGUAAGGCCUGAUCAAGAUGUCAUUGCGAAUAAAUAUGCUGCACUCUGCUUUUGGAAGUUGGAGAAUGAUCUCUGGAAGUUGGAAAAUGAGGUAGCAGAUAUACACAAGUUUUUUCAAGGAAUUCUAAUGGAUCUUCAAACCUACCAUGACCGUCAAACUUAUUGGUUGAAGCUUCACGAACGAUCGCUCUGGGAACAGGUAUCCUUCGAAAAACAGCUGGUCAGUUUGAAAACGCAAGGUGCAAGAGGAACUCUUCAACUCAGAUCUUUGAACAAAAAAUGCGUCCAAGAAGUAAUGAAAAAUCCAGAUAAAUUCAUAUCUUGCGAUCUCAUACAUUCUGACCAAAAGAAGGAAUUUGAACAAUUCGACAUGGAGAGCCUGUUCGGUCUUAUUGAGAGUGAAACAAAGCAAAUUAAUAGGUAUUUGGCGAGAGGAAAGGACGAAAUACUCAAGACCAAAAUGGCCUCGGCUUACAUGGAAAUCGAUAAAAAAUUAGAAGAGGAAGUGAGGGAAGUUCCAAAGGUUAAAAAAGUUGAACACCAUUUGGAAACGUUUUAUUUUGAUGAUCCCAAGUGGCCGGAUAAGAAGGAAUGUCAAAAAUGGGACUUGCCACUAACUGAAAUCGAAAAUUUGAAUUUACCUGUUUAUUUACCUUUGAGUGAUAAAGGAUACAAACUAAAAAAUAUCCUUUCGACUUUGAUUGGACUACCCGAAAGUAAAGAACACAAAUUGCCUUGGUAUCCGCCAAGUUGUGACGACUGGGACAGUUCCGAUAGUCAGUUAGUUCCUUCGUAUGAAAAAAUUGUUUCUACCGAAUUCAAAGCUAAUGAUCAUUUGAGAAAUCAUUUGUUAUCUUUAGUUAACAAGGGAACAUCAGAAGAAGCUGAAAUUGGACAAAGAAUUGUUACAGCUAUGGAAAUGAAAGUUGCACCUCGUUGGAUCUUGGCGACAAUGGCAGGUUUAUACUGGAGAGUAAGAGGCAACUACAAGAAGGCGUUGACUUGCUUAGACUUUGCAUUAAGAAAUGUGCAAGAAAGAGAGCCGUCCGAAGCAAUUUUAGUUUCCAUUGCGUCGAUAGCACACCAGUUAGGACACGAAGAAGAUGCCAUAAAAUUCGCUCUGCAGGCUUUUCAAAGAGUCGACGAUGAUGCCAGUACCAAUUUCCUCCUGGCACUUUUACACUACCAACAGAACAAACAGUUGAUGGCUUUGUUCUAUCUGAAAAACUCGUUGAGAGCGCAGAAGGGUUACUACGAUGGCGAAGCGGAAAAUCUUCUGAGAAUUUGGAGCUGCAGAAUGAAACUGGGUGUUUUUCCAGAAAAUCACAAUAGUGUAAGGGAUAAAGUUGAUAAAACGUGCAAUGAUAAAACGACGACGAGUGUAGAUAGAGGAGAAGGUGUUGUUUGCUCUCUGAAGGGCGAAAACUGUCGUACCGCUGCAGUACAUUGUUUUCGGAAGGAUUCAGUACCAAGCGAUGAUGCUGUUGAAGGUAAAGAUAACCAGAAUUGCGUUAAAAAUCAAAUGACCAAAGAUGGUGCCCAUGUGCAAAAUCUGUUCAUCGAUCCAUCUCAAAAGGAUCCAGCAGACCUGCCGAUAGAAGGUUCCAUUCAAGCAUUCCACAUGAAGAUAUCACUGGGAGAUAAUUUAGCUCCAAUUGUGGCGUUAAUGGAUGAUCCAAUACCGGACGUUUUGGUUCAAGUUUACGAGAAAUCCGGCACAUUACUCCUUUCACCGGUGAGAUGUCAGCAGAUUAAAGAAGCCGAAUGGGUAUAUUUCACAUCGAUGUGGCAGUCGAUUGCUGCAAGAAACGUGGAUAUCGGACACUAUCUGAAACCAUUAUCCAAACCCCUGAAGGACGACAUGAAGCCCUACUGUUCACGGUCAAUACCAUCUUCUCCGGCCACGUUGGAACAUUUAAUAAUCAGGAUUCUGAAAAACAAACUUCCAAACUCUCCCGAAAAGGCUCUUCUAGAGUGGCUGGGACUGAUGGCCGACGAUCAAAAGGCCUCUUUGAAGGAAUUGGGGGCGAAGAUCAGCGUAGCGUUGAGAGAAAAUACGACAUCUUGGGUAUUGGCAAAUGCUGCCGGUUUAUUUUGGCGUAUAGUUGGUAAUACUGAGGAGGCCAUUAUUUGUUUGAGGCAAGCUCUAGCUUAUGUUCCUGGGAAUAUAAGAGAUGUUCCUCUCAUAAGCUUGGCUAAUGUUCUUAACAGGGUGGGAUUCCACAAUGACGCAUUAGAAGCUGCUUUCACCGCCAUCAAAAGCCAUCCGAAUUAUGUAUUCAACCAUUUCACAGCAGGAAACAUUCUUACAGCAAUGGGGGAUUUCGAAAAAGCGAUAUCAUUUUACCGCUCUUCUUUGGCUCUUGAUGCCAACUUUGCCCCUGCUCGCAAUCGGCUAUUGGCCAUAUCCUGUAUGUUCCUCUACGAUGAGUCCGGAAGCUUGAGGGAACUCACAGAAUCGAUGGAGAAUUGAAUUAUCCCAAUCCAGAAAAUAUAAUACAGGGUGACUUAAAGAAACUUUCGGUUGAAACAUUUUUUGAUCAAGGCUCUACCCAAAGAGUAAUCUCAGUUGAACUUUCAAAAUGGGUCACCCCAUAUAUAUCACUUUAUGCAUGCAAGUAAUGUUGUUGAAUUUGUGUAUAUUUAAUGAGAAAUCUCGAAUAUUUAUUGCUGUCAUCGAUGUUUUAAUAUUGAUUUCAGAAUUUGUUGAUAUCUUCGAACAUCAUAUUCUUGAAUUGAAGAAUUUUGUUGUUUGUUCUUUAAGGCUGUUUUAGAAAGUACAAAAAGUUUCUAU